AUGAAGAAGACAAAACCCCGAGUUGCCAAGACACCGCUUGUCCCUGUCCGAAGAUCACUGAGAUUUUCAAACAAAUCAGCUCCGCAGUUCAAACAGGUCAAGGUUUACAAGCGCGUGCAGAUUCCUCGAAGAUUGGGGGCGUUUCUUUUAUAUUCGGCCCAGGGUCCAAAAUUAUACAGGACCGGCUCUGAUGCUUCGGAUGAAGCAAGGGAACGUGCAAUGAGAAAAGCAGAGAAGUUGGAAUCAAGUCUCGGGUCAGACCACCCGACCUUUGUGAGAUCCAUGCUCCCAUCCCACGUUAGCGGGGGUUUUUGGCUGAGGAUACUCCCUAAGAAUGAUGGAGUGAUCCAAUUGGUAGACGAGCAUGGGGACGAGUGGCCGGUUAUCUAUUUGGCUCGUAAAACUGGGCUUAGCGGUGGCUGGAAAAAGUUCUCCAUUGAUCACAACUUGGUGGAUGGCGAUGCUCUUGUUUUCCAGUUGAUCAAACCAUCCGUGUUUCGAGUCUUCAUCAUAAGAGUUGAUCAUUCUGGCAAUGCCGCCAAUGGCAAAAAAUGA